UCUAAAAUUGAGACGAAUUAGCGAGAAAUUUAGGCCUCUCAUACUAAUUCUCUCAAAUAAAUAAGCACGGUCGCGCGACAAAAUUAGUCGGGAAAUGAAUUUGGAAUUACGCAAACUUCCUCCGCCCCACGAUUGCCGUUGAGGAGAGCGGACCAUCUGUCUCCGUCGUCAAACAAACCAACCACCCCUCUCUUCCUCUUUUCUUCGUCCAUCAGAUCUCAGAUAGCAAACCCUCCCUUCUACCCAGAAAAAAGAUACUUACUUUUUCAUAUUUUUAAAGGAAUUCUCAUUUAACAUCUUUAUUUUUUCAUUCUUCAAGUGUAAGAGGACAAUUUCAGAGCAAAUGGAUUUGCCUAGCUCAUGGGACGCUUUACGCAAACAGGCAAGGAAACUCGAAGCUCAGUUGGAUGAGCAGAUGAAUUCAUACCGUAAACUAGUUUCUGCAAAGGCUUCUACUAAAGUAGCUACUGCAGUAAAUGAUCUUGAAUCUGGGUUAGACCAACUGCUAAAGCAGCUCCAACAAGUGAAUUCACAGAUGCAAGCUUGGGUGUCAUCUGGAGGAUCAGAAAUGGUUUCUCAUACCUUGACCAGGCAUCAAGAAAUUCUUCAAGAUCUUACUCAGGAGUUUCAUCGUCUUCGUUCCAGCCUCAGAGCUAAGCAACAACAUGCUUCACUCCUUGAGGAUUUUAGGGAGUUUGAUCGAGCUAGACUAGAGUUGGAAGAUGGUGUAGGUUCUGCAGAGCAAGCUUUUCUUAGAGAGCAGGCAUCCAUUAGCCGAAGUACAGGACAGAUGGAUAAUGUGGUUUCACAAGCUCAAGAAACUCUUGGUGCACUUGUUCUUCAACGUUCAACUUUUGGGGGAAUCAAUUCAAAGCUCAGCAAUGUUAGCAGCCGGCUUCCAACGUUGAUUAAUUAUUGGCGACACCUGUGAAGCACAGAAACACAUCUGAUGCAGCAUCUCAAUGUUCUGUAAUGGAAGCUCUGCAUCGCGGACCAUUUUUGCAAUUUGUGAAAAAUUGGAGACCUGCAGGUCUCUGUUGGUGAAGAGAAAAAAAGAACACUUCUUUCUGUCAUGCUGGAAGAAAAAAAUUCAUUCCUUUCUGGCUUUUUGCUACCGCUGCGCUUCCUGGGCCCUUCUCUUACCUGUGCAAUCCCAACAUGCUGUCACAUGAGAAAAAAUUCGUUCCUUUUUCACUAGUUGCAAUUCUCCUCAGGCCCUUAGUCUCUCACCUGUCAUCAGAAAUGUCAGUGAUUUAACUUGUCCUUGUCGACAUCCUUUGACCUAUCCCAAACCUCAUCCCUUUUGGCUGCAAUGAGUUUUUGUUGUUGCUUUUUAACCAAUUUUUGUUCUUUUCUUUUUAUUUCCCUAUUCCUUCUUUCUACUUUUGACCAGGUUCUUGUUCAUAUUCCCCUCUUUUUUAAGGAUUAUUGCUGUUAGUUUUUUAUAAUCAGUUUCAAUUGAAGAAUUCUGAUUAAUUGAUUUAAUGAUAUCUGCAAAACUGGUGAUAAAAUAUACUUGACUACGUUUUUUAAUAUUCUGUCAUAAAAAAUAUUUAUAGAUGUAUCCUUGUAUAUUUUUGAUAUUUAGACUUUUUUCAGGUUUCUGUUUCCUAUAUUUUUCAGAAAUGCCAUUCCCCAUGUCGAUUUCUGCAUUUCUGCGUAUUAUCAUUUCUGUUCUCGUGCUACUUAGGGUGCCACCACCAUAUAUUAUAAUGAAUGACUUUAAGAAAAUAGGAACUUUAAGAAUCAGAUGGUAAUGAGAUGUUGUUUAUGCAAGUUUUGAUGUGCUACUUUGAUACGACG